CAAUUUACUACACCUCACUUAACUUAACUCGCCCAUGAAAUUUUUGUGGAUGAGCAAACUGCCCCGCCAUUCCGCCCACCUUCCUCUUCCUUACUGUUGGAUCCCCCGCUGAACCUCCACGUCGGGCAAAGCCUCAUCAGCCCUUAAUCAACCUCACUCCAAAGGCCAUCGCAACGAAUCUACAGGGCCUCUCCCCUUGCAUCGUUCAUUGCACUUCUCCAUACCAAAUCAGGGCCGUCGAACCGCCCUCGUCAUCAGCAGCCAUGGAUAUCACCAAAUUCGUCGUCCAAGGCCGCGACCAGGCUCUCCUCUACGGCGACUACUCGACUUAUCACAAGAGCUUGUCCAAGAAACUGCUAAGCUGCCGCAAGAAGCUCAACAUUGCCACCAGGAAUCGCGGAAAGUUUCACGACCAUGACAAGGUCACUGCGGAAAAGAUCGCAGAGAACCAUGAGUAGGCACAUUCCGAGAAUCGAAAUCCAAAAAAAAAAAAAGAAAAGAAAAGAAAACUAGCCUGACAUGGAACCAGAUAUGUCCAUCUACUUCUUCUGACAAGCGAGCGCGCAUGGGCUCAUACCAUGAGCAUGAAGUCCGGCCAUACGAGCGAUACCAAGGGAAUCACUGGCCGAACUCGAUCGCAUAUUGCCUCUCGUCUCACCAAGGCCACACGUGCUGCCGACGAGCUUGUCGAGGCCCUCUCCCAAACCGACGUAUCUGGCGCUUCCCAAACCGAUCUCCUCGAGGCAACCGCAUACGCUUCUCUCAUCCGUGGUACAGCUGCAUUCGAAAAGCAGAGCUGGGAACCGAGUUUGCACAACUAUGCAACGGCACGUGUCAUCUACAGUGCGCUUGCAACUGCAACCAAUGGCGAUCUAUACAAGGACCUGCUCACCGAAACCAUCGAUCCGUCUAUCCGAUACGCCGCCUACCAACUCCAGACACCUCGAACUGUCCCUAUUCCCAUCAUUGCUCGAAAGGCGUUCCCUCAAUCUGACUCGACCCUCGUCAAGCAAAUCAACGAUAUCGACCCCACUAUUCUCAAAUCAGACGAAGCAAAGGCCAAGGAUGGAAUCGCCAGUGCUGAAGGCGCACCCAAGACCCUGACUUGGAGGUCUCGGGAGGUCAACAUCGAGGAUGCGCAGAUUGCGAUGGCAUGGGGUGCUGUGCUCGCUGCGAAGGAUCGAUUGGCCAAGGAUCUUGCUGAACCCAAGGGGCGAGGACCUUAUGAACUUGCUGGUGCUUAUGACGAAAUUCUCAUGCUCAGCCAGGAUGCUGUUGAUGCUACUAAGCAGGCAAUCGACGAGAUGAGGGCUGAGGGGGUGGAACAAGGUGAUGCCAGGAUGCAGAGUUUGCAAAUCACACGCACCGCCGUCAACUUCGAGACGAUUAGCUGGAGAAUUGGUCGCAGCAGAGUUUUGGCAGGAGAGCACGAUGGCGCCCCUGAGGAGUAUAACGUGUUGAGGAAACGAAAGGGCAAGCCAGCUCCAGAAGCAGCCAAGCCUGUCAAGGAAGUUCCCACAGGCAAGAAGCUUGCUAAGCUGAAGGAGAAGGUUGCUCUGUAUGACGGUAUUCUGCAGAACAUUGAGUCCAUCACAGAACUCCCUGGUGUGGCCAACGAUCAGGGGCUGGCUGAACAGAUUGCCGCCUACGUAAAGUACUUUGAGGCUCUCAAGGCUCUGGCAAUUGCUCGUUCGCAUGCCAUCUCCAGCAAUCUGGCUGCUGCUCUGGCUCUCAUCAACCACGCAGACGGUCUUGUCGAUGAGUCUCAGUCAAACAUCUCAUCUUCUGAUGGAUCAUCGAAUCGCACUCCCCUCAAUCUGACCGUCUCCGCCGAAGACGUCGAGUAUCUCCAAACUCUCCUCAACGGCCAGCUUCAGCGUCACCGAGCUAUUGUUCACGCCGAUACCCUCCGCAAGAACCACGAGCUGAGCACUUCAGAGGCCGUGAAGCAGCCUCUCAUCGGAAGUCUGCAUCAGUACCCCGUUGGUGGCGUCAACCUGUCGCACAUCGUCGAAUUCCCUCCAAAGCUUGCCACCAUCCCUGUGAAGCCUAUCUUCCUCGACGUGGCAUGGAACUACAUCGAUUAUCCCAACAAGACGCCCAAGCAGCAACAGCAACAGCAAGCGGCGGCAGCAGCGCCCGCUCAGGCGGAUACACCUGAGAGGACAGAAUCACCAGCUCCAGUGAAGAGAGGAUGGUUCGGUUUCGGAAGGUCAUAGUCAAAUAUAUUCUGCAAAGCGAUUUAUUGACGUCGCGGAUUCCUUAGCACGUUUUCCCCGAAUGUCCUAUCCACUUUUUGCUAAUGGCCGAAUUCGUUGUGAAAUGUCUUAUAUAUUCAUCCCUGUUCUUUGUUGUCGACUAGUUAGUAGUUGCUUGGUCUCAUUCUACUCCAUUCCUGUGCAAGACAGGGCCUUGGUUCUUCGCCGUAGCCUGCUUCGUGACUGAUGGGGCCUUGUUUGUUUACUGUUGAUAGUCUUAUGAUACUCGUAGUGACACUUUCACCCUUCCGUUUUCAACUUCACCUUCGCCUCGACUUGGAUCGUGAUCGUGAGAUGCUUGUUGGGCCUCUACACCAAGCGGUCCAAGCUCUCUGAUUUUUCUUAGCCUCACAUUCAUUUUUUUACUCAGGCUCACAUUCUUUUUUCUUUACUCACUCUCAUUAAGUACCUAUUAAAGCUGCGCAUGAUGGCCCAAGACCCAUCGUUGGAAGCGCCAUCGCGAAGCUGGCAUCCCAAGCACACCUCGAUACAUCCUUACCCAGCGACUAUCAUCGCCAUAAUAAUCGUUCUAGCCGUCGUAUCUCUAUUCGUUUCAAUCCUCCGUCAACUCCUUGAGCGUCGCCUUUCCCAACGCCGCGGCUGGUUUCUCGACACCACAUAUCCCCCACCCUCACCAACACCAUCGUCAUCAGGCGGAAGCAGCAGAAGAAGCCAAAAGAAAAGAAACAAUCAAGAAGCGAGACCAGUUUCUGAGGUCGAGAUCGAAUCUCGCCAGCUUUUGUUUGCGGAUACUGCUUUCCGUGGUGAACGAGUACCACUUCGGAAUCCUAAUGACCGUGGGUCUUUAUACGAUACUUUCCAGUUGCCAGCACCACAUAUAUCAAGGUUAAAGCCUGCGCGUUCGAUGAUGGAGUUAAACGGGGGGAGUCCACUAGAGAGUGUGGGGGAUAAAGACGGACAGAAGAAGGCGAAAACGAUUCACUGGCAUGGUGUGAACAGACUUAAUACUGCUUGGGGAUGGAUGUCAUGAUAUAGCACGAUCACUGCAAUUUCAUUAAACACCAACAUAUUUAAAGCCAUCAUAAUCAUAAACAGAGGAACGUACGUACAUGAAACAUCAAGUCAUAUUAUGUACCAUCAAGGUAAACAUGUUUUGAGGGGGGAUGUGCGAUUAGUCUACCUAUAGGCAAGUCAUGAUACAGAUAUACAACAUGAUCCCCCAUUCCGUGGCAUCAUCUCAAAAAACAACCAAAGAUCUCUCUCAAUAGAGGUUUUAAAGCUCCA